AUGAGUGGUCUUGUAUGCAGAAGAAUUGUUGACUGCUGUCUUGGAACUGCUGAACACACUCUGUGGGUUGGAACUCAAUGACAAAGACUACAGUCGCUACUUUGCCACCACAGAUAUGAUUGACGGUAUGAUGGAGUGUUGGAAUCAGCUGUUUCUUGGCUGCAAAGAAGGCUCCAGGUUUGAGUUCCCUAACAAACAUCUGGAGAAGAGCGCUCUACAAUGGGUGUCGGUACUGCUGUCAUUUGCAGGCCACGAGAACGGCAGAGAACUCAUUGGUCAGAAAGCCAAACAGAUCACAGGAGCCGUCCUGAACUGGAUACAAGAGCCUGACCAUUCAGACGCUCUACUCAUAGCUACCAUCUCUCUACUAGAAGCUCUAGUCACCUUCUACUUCUGUCAGGAGGCCUUCUGUAAGACCAUACAUAUAGUGAGGAAGACAACUGAGAGGAGCUCUGAUGAUCUAGAUAAAGAAGACAUGACAGUCUUGAGCCUCAGAGAAAGUUUUGGUAACUUCUGUAUGGAAGUGUUGAAGUGUUUGGACAGGAAAUUUUUGGACUCAAUUCUCAUUAAAUGUUGCAAUGACAAAUCCAUCAAAUUCUUCUGGAAGGUCGUAGAAGAAAGAGAACCUGACCUUGUCUUACCCAGUGACAAGUCUCGAUAAAUAGUUUAAGGUUUUUUAUUUUUAACUAUUAGGUUGGGUAAUACUUGUGUAAAAAUGUAUUUUUACCCUAACUUUUUCUUGAUAUUAAAAUAGUAAACUAAUUGGUUGCAACAUUUAAAAACUGCCUUUGAAAACAGCUAACUUUCAAUACAUGUGUUGCAUGAGAGAGAGA